CUUCCAGACACCGUGAAUUCACUGACGCGGGUUCCCACAAGUCAGGCCUGAAACCUUGCCCCUGGGAUCAGCCGCCAGACUCUCGGGAUCUUUGUUUCUCAGACUGCUGAGCCAUCCACAUCUGGACCAGAACCGCGCAGAGUGAAAGUGCUGUCCACACAGACCUGAAAGAUGGCAUCUGGACAAGGACCAGGUCCCCCAAGGGAGGGCUGUGAUGACUCCCCUUCUGAACAGCAGGUUGCCCAGGACACGGAGGAGGUCUUUCGAAGCUUCGUUUUUUACCUCCAUCAGCAGGAACAAGAGACCCAGGGUGCUGCUGCCUCUGCCAACCCCGAGAUGGACAACUUGCCCCUCGAACCCAACAGCGUCUUGGGUCAGGUGGGCCGGCAGCUUGCUAUCAUUGGAGAUGACAUCAACCGCAGAUACGACGCGGAGUUCCAGAAUUUACUGGAGCAGCUCCAGCCCACGGCUGGGAAUGCCUAUGAACUCUUCACUAAGAUUGCCUCCAGCCUGUUUAAGAGCGGUAUCAGCUGGGGCCGCGUGGUGGCUCUCCUGGGUUUUGGCUACCGCCUGGCCCUGUACGUCUACCAGCGUGGUUUGACCGGCUUCCUGGGCCAGGUGACCUGCUUUUUGGCUGAUAUCAUACUGCACCAUUAUAUUGCCAGAUGGAUUGCGCAGAGAGGCGGCUGGGUGGCAGCCCUGAAUCUGCGCAGAGACCCCAUUCUGAUCGUGAUGACAAUUCUUGGUGUGGUUCUGUUGGGCCAAUACAUGGUACAGAGAUUCUUCAGGUCAUGACUCCUGGGAGCCCUUUGGGGCCCCAGCCUAAACUUCUCCCUACCCCCCUCCCCUGCAACAAUCCUCUCCUUCCUCCAAGAGCACAGAUGCUUUAGCAAACAGGCCCCCUGCUUUGGAGACCCGCUGCCCAGGGGUCCCCGAGGAGGCACGGAUACCCCAACAUUGCAUGGUGCUACUGAGCCCCGUCCUGUCUGAGCGGGCUGAUUGGUGCCUUGGAGACACAAGAGACUGGGUACUGCUUCCCAGGAAGUUUUUAACGGUUUUUGCUUUUUAUACUACCAUUUGAGACACCCCCCACACUUUUCUUCCACAGAACCCCAAGUCAGGCAUUUGGGGAUCUGGGGACCAGCGGUUCUAACCUUUGUCCCCAGACCUCCUGCUACUUUGGAAGGUCAGAACUUGAGAGGGGGCUUGAGCCCAGACUGGCCCUCCCUACACAGGGCUGGCUGUAAGGGUGCGUGACCUGCUCGGUCCCCCCACCCCUGUUUCUUACUCCCCCAGUUCCAUCCCCCAUUCUCCUCUCCCCCUUCCAACCCCAUUGCAUUUUGCCUUUGUGGCUGGACUCUCAGGGAUCCCGAGCCCACAGUGAGGGUGGAGGUCAGAGUUCAGACCACAGCUGUCUGAAUAUGUUCAUCGAGGCCCUCCAAACCUUUGUCCCUUCCUGGCAUUCUCCAGUUUUCACCCAUCCCCUGACCCAAGGACCACUGCUUCCAACCUAGUGGGCAGGGGAGACCCUCACCUUCUCUCCAGAGCCCCAGGUGAGCCUGCCUGCUAGGAGGGCCUCCUUGACUGAGAGAAGAGCCUCGGACUCUGUUGUUAGGACAGGGGAAGGGGCGGACUCAUUUGGAGGUCUCAAGCUAAAGAGCUACACCUGCAGGGGCAAUUGUGGAUCUGGGUGCAGUGUGACCCCGGACCUGUGAAUACUUGAACCACACCACCACCCAUGCUCCUUGUCUGCCUAGGCCCUUUGGGUGGGGUGGGGGUGUCUUCUCUAUCUUGCACAACAUAGGGGUAAUGCAGGGAGGGGAGGCAGACGGGUCCCCCACCUCACCUCUAACUGUGUCUGGAAAUAAACUGUGCAAU